GUCAGGUGAUGUGGUGUCACGUGUUCCUCUUCUAGUACUGGCAGCAAAACAGUCAGACGCUCAGUCACCGGGAGGCUGCUUCACACUCAGAUAACUAAAUGAUUCCAUCAUCAUACUAAUACAGGUGAAAGACUAGAGAAACUGCCUCCUGACUGUGGUGGGACUUAUGAUAUCGGUCACCAACACUUCCUCCACUGGGAUCGAGAGAGGUGGAGACUAGUUUCCUGGGGAGUGUAAGGCCUGGCAGGUCGAGCUACAGUCUGUUAAUUCAUGGCGAUCAACACAGAUGUUGAGGACUGGGCCGGUGUUGGGAGUCAUGACUCUGGAGAACGAGCCUGGCUCCUGCAGAGCCCCAGCGUGGAAUCUGUCCGGCAUCUCGAGACGGAUAACAGAGGGGGCGGAGGUGUGUCGUCCUGGGCAGCGGUCUUCAUCGUAGUGAACGCAGCUCUGGGAGCAGGUCUACUAAAUUUCCCUGCAGCCUUCAAUAUGGCAGGAGGCGUGACUGCAGGAGUUAUGCUCCAAAUGUUUAUGCUGAUCUUCAUAAUCAGUGGAUUGGUGAUCCUGGGCUACUGCUGCCAGGUUAGUAACGAAAGCACCUAUCAGGAGGUUGUCCGAGCCACUUGUGGGAAAGUCACAGGGAUCCUAUGUGAAGUAGCCAUUGCCAUCUACACCUUUGGGACUUGCAUCGCUUUCUUUAUUGUCAUUGGAGACCAGCUGGAUCGCUUGGUGGCUGCAGUGGUUCACGACAAAGAUGGCUCCGUCAGUGGCGCCUGGUACACGGAUCGUAAAUUCACCAUCUCUGUUACUGCAGUCCUCAUUAUUCUCCCUCUCUCCAUCCCCAAAGAGAUUGGCUUUCAGAAGUAUGCCAGUGCGCUGAGUGUAAUGGGGACCUGGUAUGUGACCAUCGUGGUCAUCAUCAAGUACAUCUGGCCGGAUAAAUCGGAGAUUCCAGUCCACGUUCCCACCAGUUCUUCUUCCUGGACUGCAGUAUUCAAUGCAAUGCCCACCAUAUGCUUUGGCUUCCAGUGCCACGUCAGCUGUGUGCCGGUGUUCAACAGCAUGAGCAAGAAGGCGAUCAAACCGUGGGGAGUCGUGGUCACUCUUAGCAUGAUAAUCUGCCUCUUCGUCUACACGGGAACAGGUGUCUGUGGCUUCCUGACGUUUGGCUCCAACGUCAGUCAGGAUGUGUUGAUGUCGUAUCCUUCAGACGAUAUUGCUGUGGCCAUCGCAAGAGCUUUUAUUGUCAUCUGCGUCAUCACUUCCUACCCCAUUUUACACUUCUGUGGCAGGGCCGUCAUAGAGGGGCUUUGGCUGCGUUUCCAAGGCGAGCAGGUGGAGUUGUGUGUGCGUCGUGAGCAGAGGCGGAGGAUCCUGCAGACACUGGUGUGGUUCACCAUCACCCUCACCCUUGCACUCUUCAUCCCAGAUAUUGGUCGGGUGAUCUCUCUGAUUGGGGGAUUGGCCGCCUGCUUCAUCUUUGUCUUUCCAGGUUUGUGUUUGAUGCAAGCAAAGCUGUCAGAGACAGACAGCCGAACAAAAAGCUGGCAUGGAAUGGUGGUCUUCGGUGUUGUCAUGGUUACGAUUGGAACUUUUAUCUUCGGCCUCACCACUACAAACUCCAUCUACCAGGACGUCGUCAGCUAAGAGGAGCAGUUUUAAAGUGUGUUAAAGACAGAGGGGUGGGGGCGCCUCAGUCCUGUGCUGCUAUUUCUGAACUGCGAUGGAGAAGCAUCUCAUGACACUCAUUUAAAAAAGAAUUCCUCCGGCAUUUCACAUCUCUGCUCCACACUGAGUAAAAGCUGCACAGAUCUUUACUCAGUCAGGUAGUACUCAGAGACAUCCUGCGAUGCCAAAUGACUUCAGACACUUUUAUUUGAUGUACAGUUUAAAGUGCAUGUUUUAUGUUUUUAUGAUGGUUGGAAACCGUUUUUGGCGGUUCAGUGGCUCCCUGUACGGGCGACGCAUUCCUGUCCUGUAUACAAGAGCUGAAGGACUUUAUAUAAAGGGGUCUUAGAAUCAAAUUGAUUUUAAUAAUGAAAUUGUACCAAUUUCUGUAUUUUAACUUGCAUGUCUUCUUAUCAAAAUGUUGACAUGUUGUGGUUUUCAGAGCUACAGUUCCACACUUAAGUGUUGCUGCUGUUUUCCACAAAUUAAGAAUUAAGUUUCUUCCCCAAUAAAAGUUUUAAGUAAGAGGUGACUUUGCACACAAAAGGACACAAACAUGAAUGAAAACUGCAGGCCAGCUCAGUUCAUAUAUUUUGAUUGAGUUUGCCAUUCAGUACCUCUAAAUGAGUUGAACAAAUGUAGGCAAUGCAAAAUAAUACAUUUAGGAAGGCAUUUCAGUUUUUUGUUUCUUAUAUUAGAAUGACUAUAAUGAUUUUAUAAUUGGCUUUGAGGUGAAACCUUGUUUUGAAAAGUUACAUUAGUGUGCGCCAGCAGGUCUUCGAGUCAGGCGAUGAAACCCGAAACUCUUUGUAGACAAACAAUUACUCAGAAAUCCAUUUGUACAUCACUUACAGAAAACAUUGACUCAGGCACACAGUGAUUAUUUACUUGAAUCAGUUGCUGAAGACAAAGCUGUUAAAAAUGUAUUGUUUUUGUAAACCUCAAACCAAAGUGAGCUUUCUUUUGUCUAAAUAUUCAAGACUUCAUUGCUAAUGAUAUUCCUUACAAUUAAGCACAGUUAUUUAAAGUGCAGUUAACUUUGGGUAUGUUAAUGCUAUACAAGUCAGAUUUGAUAACUUGAAGUUUGUACUUUUGAAACCCAGCAAAACAGUUUGUGGACACGAGGGACACUGAAGUAAAAAGGGAUUCCCCCCCCGCUAAGGCAAUUACUCUUAGUCACUGGUGGACUAAAUACAUUACACACACUAACUUGAAUGUCUUGUCAUUGCUGGGAUAGAAACAGUUUUUAUGUCAUAUGUUUUUCCAUAGUGUUGGUGCUGCGGACUAGUUUCUGGUGUUAGGUGCACUUAUGAUUUGUUAUACUGUUUUCAGGCUGAGGGUGUACUUCUUUUUUUCCUCCAAGGCAUUUAAAUCAGAAAUCUUGUCUAAUUGUUUUCUCAUACAGAAAGUUGAUUGAAUUGAAUGAAUGUUUUAAUGGAAAUACUGAACAGAGCUACCUAUGAUAUUCUAAUAAACUACAACCAUGGCAUGUGAAGAAAUCUGACAAUCCACAUCACUGGCAGUUCAAACAUUUAACAGACAGACAAUGGAAGUCAGUUUUAAUCAAACAGUUGGAGCAUUGUUUUGUUUAAUUUCGAGAGGAUAAAGUUUCAGCUUUACAAUCAGUGCCACAGAAUCAUAGCUUCAUUUGAUCAUGUUCAGUGCAGUCAUAAAUAUCUUGACAUAGACAA